AUGGUCAUUGUGGUAUCUGUGGUGGUCCACCCACAUGGAGGUUAUGUUUUCGGCAUGCUCCUUAGUGCUGGUGAUGUGCCAGGUUGUGGGAGGGAGUCUGAUCCCUGUCUCCAGUCCUCCAGUCCCCAGACGGGCCCUGAGGUGCUGGUGCAGUGUGCCUUGUUCUUAGACCAUUCUCAGCCUCCCGGUGGCCUUGUCAUCACCCAAGAAUCUGAAGUUUACAAGAUGCUUCAGGAGAAACAGGAGUUGAAUGAGCCUCCAAAACAGUCCACGUCAUUCCUAGUUUUGCAGGAAAUCCUGGAGUCUGAGGAAAAAGGGGAUCCCAACAUGCCCUCAGGAUUCAGAAGUGUUAAAGCUCCUGUCACCAAAGUGGCUGCAUCGAUUGGAAAUGCUCAGAAGUUGCCCAUGUGUGACAAAUGUGGCACGGGCAUUGUCGGUGUGUUUGUGAAGCUGCGGGACCAUCACCGCCACCCUGAAUGUUACGUGUGCACUGACUGUGGCACCAACCUGAAACAGAAGGGCCAUUUCUUUGUGGAGGAUAAAAUCUACCAUGAAAAACAUGCCUGUUAG